CAUGAUCCUUAAGUUUCCGAGUAACCCCGACAACUCUGCUCCCGCAGACCUCUGGACACAAAAGAUCAAAGUCCAAAAUUCCGUCAAUCAACUCCAUCUUUUGCACGACGAGGCCUUUCCUAGCGAGGCGUGGGACCCAAACGACUGUUGCAUGACACUCAUGAUCACCGGAAGCCACGAGAACGAUCGAGGCUAUAUCGUCCUCGCCGACCCGGACAGCGGCAAGAAGCGAUUCAUUUUGAUUUUUGGGCAGGAGAUACAUCGUUCCGGCAGAGCGGAGCCGAGAGUCUGGCUCUCAAAGUACUCUGCUCUGCCAGAUUCUUCACGAGCGAUAUACUCUGCGCUCGGCCAAGUGAGACCGCAGCAAAGUGCUCGGAUCAAGUUUGACAAGGGCGUUUUGGAGCUGGUCGCAAAGGUUGAUCGAGUCUUGGCGCUUGAUGGAGAUGCUGAAUGGCGAGUGCACCUACAGCUGGAGCAUUAUUCGAUGAAUGGUCUCAUCGGCAAGGCUAAAAGUUUCGGGCAUGCGGGUACCAAGGGUGGAGCUGAAAGAGAGAAAGAGAAGAUUUUCAGGAGCUCGACUUGGAAGUCUGUCUUCUGAGAAAAUCUUGAAGCAUGUGCGACGUUCUACCACCUUUUCGUGGUUGACCACGGCUUGGUUUAGGUCAAUCCUCAUUUUUCGGCGAAUAAGUUCGCAGCAAUCAGCCCCAACACAUUCUUGUACAUAAGCUUGC